AUGACUGACCCGGAGUUGAAGGUAGGCUCCACAGUUCGCUUUCUUAACGGAUAUGCCAUCUUGAAGUAUGUUGGUCCAAUUAAGGACAAGUCCGGGGUGUUUGCAGGUGUAGAGUUGAUGGGUGCACUACGCAAGAAAGGAAAAAACUCAGGAAAUGCAUACGGAGUUCAUUAUUUCGACACUUCGGAGCCAUUGACAGGCUUAUUUAUACCGUACAAAGCACUUUUAAAGCUGAAUAAAGGAAGCAGGGUGAAGUCCUUUAACGGGCAUCUGUCACUCAACUCUGAAAAUACAAUAAGCAGCAAUUCUUCCGCACUGGCGUCACCGCUACACUCAUCCAGUUCAUUUUCAUCCAGUCCGCUUCCAAAUAGUCCAAAUAACGAGCAAUUGCAGCAGCUGGAAGCCAAAAAUAAAGAGUGUAAUCUGAAGAUAAAGCAGUAUGAAACCAAGUUGGAAGAGCGUUCUCAAAUUCUCAAAGAGAUGGAGUCCACUAUCUCCAACUUUGAGCCAAUUCUUGCCGAUUACGAUAAGCAGUUGAAGUCGAAAGAAGAAAGAUAUUCGAAGUUUAAGAAAAAUGCUGAAAGCCAGAUAAAGGAGCUGCUAGAGACAAUCGAACUGCUUGAAUCGCAGACAAAAGAGAGCCAGGAAAUGUAUGCAAAGAAGUUCAAAGAGCUACAGGCGAAGGCCAAGAGUAAACCUGUUGGUGAAGAUGCUAAAGAUGAAACUUCAGCUUUAAAGAAAGAGAUAGAUGAGCUCCAGAAGCAGUUGCAGUCGAAGGAUGAUGCAUUCAAAGAUUUGAAGGCUUCCAAGGAUAAAGAGAUAAACAGUAUGAGGAAGUUUGAGAUGGAGAAUUACACCUUAGAACUGAAAAUUGAGGACCAGGAUCAGGAAAUCAAAGAGCUUCAGAACCAGAUUUCCAAAAAGAGUAAGCAAUCCAAUUCAAGUGCCGAAACAUCCCAAAAACUUGAAGCUGAAUUAAAAUCGCUCAAGCAGAAACUCGGGCAGGCCGAGAAUGACAAGAAUGUUCUGCAAGCAUCCGAAGAUUAUCUUAAGAAGCAGAUUGAGAAUGUGGAAAAAGGCAAGAGGGAGCUAUUAGAGAAAUACAAGAAAUCCGCCGACCGAAUAAAGGAAGUGGAGGAUAAAUUGAAGGAGAAGGAUCGCAAAUUGGAGGAGUUAGAGAAGAAACUUGAUGAAAAGGAUCAAAGAUUGGAGGAACUAAAGAAGAAAAUUGAUGAAAAGGAUCAAAUAUUGAAGGAGAAAGAUGACAAGUUAAAGGAGAAAGAUGAUAAAUUGAAAGAGAAAGAUAACAAGUUAAAAGAGAAGGUUGUCAAAUUAAAAGAAAAGGAUGAUAAGUUAAAGAAAAAAGAUGACAAUCCAAAAGAGAACAAAAAUCGUGUAAGUAAUGAUAUACAUGAGGAAACACAACUUCUGACUGAUAAAGGUGAACUUAAAGUAUAUGAGCCAGAAACAAAGGCGGAUCCUGCUGCCGGACGCACAAAAUGGUGUGGACUAUGUGAACGACCUGGACAUGACAGUAUUGAUUGCCCUUACGAUAAUGGACUGUUUUAA